UCUGGGGCUAUAAAUCCAUUCUGUGAUGCAGAUUUUGGAAGUGGAAAUCAACGCGUUUGGUCACUCUUUCAGAGAUUAUGAUGCAGAAAGUGAGAGGCAAAAGGGUGUUGAGGAAUUUUACAGGCUUCAGCACAUCAACCAAACAUAUGACUUUGUGAAGAAAAUGAGACAGGCAUAUGGGAAAUUGGACAAAGGAGAGAUGGGGAUAUGGGAAUGUUGUGAGUUGUUGAAUGAGGUUGUGGAUGAAAGUGAUCCUGAUUUGGAUGAACCUCAAAUUGAGCAUUUAUUGCAAUCUGCUGAAGCAAUAAGAAAAGAUUAUCCUAAUGAAGAUUGGUUGCAUUUGACUGCUCUCAUUCAUGAUCUUGGAAAGAUCCUUCUCCUUCCUCAAUUUGGUGGACUUCCUCAAUGGGCUGUUGUUGGAGAUACGUUUCCUCUGGGGUGUGCUUUUGAUGAAGCAAAUGUGCACCAUAAGUAUUUCAAGGACAACCCAGAUUACAACAAUCCUUCCUACAACACAAACAAUGGCAUCUACACUAAAGGAUGUGGACUCGAUAACGUAGUCAUGUCAUGGGGACAUGAUGAUUAUAUGUACUUGGUUGCUAGGGAAAAUGGCACCACUUUGCCUCCUGCAGCUUUGUUCGUUAUCAGAUAUCACUCUUUCUAUCCUUUGCAUAAGGAAGGUGCAUAUACACACUUGAUGAACGAAGAAGAUGUUGAGAAUCUGAAGUGGGUCAAAAUAUUCAACAAAUAUGAUCUAUACAGUAAGAGCAAAAUUCGUGUAGAUGUGGAAAAAGUGAAGCCAUACUAUCAAUCCCUCAUUGAAAAAUAUUUCCCAGCAAAGCUUAGAUGGUGAAACUUGACGAUGUCGAAGAUGAAGCUUAGAUGGAGGAACUUGUCAAGAUGUUGGAGAUGAACUGUGA